UCAGACACGAUUGAGUGACUAACACACACAGAUUGAGGGUCACUGGAUGACUUUUAUCGCUUUCCAACUGCAAACUUCUUUGCCUUGUCUAUCAUAGAGGACGGUGGAGUUGAAUGUAUCUCGACACCAAAGACAGAAUAGAUGGGCCCUGGCUCUGCCAGGAGCUCGGCCCUCGGAGGAAGUUGGGUUGUGUGUGACCUUAAAACCUCAGCAUUGGCAACCACAGGGGUUUGGUUUUUUCAGCCACUCCACUUGUCCGUCAAGGGUCAGCUGUUCCUCUGCUUCAUGUUGUCAGGGACUCAGACUGUCAGAGAGGUCUCAUCUGGGAUUGUUCUUAUUUCAUGGGAGAGAGAAGCGAGCUGGACAACGGGGCACCCCCUCCCCCAAGCUCUUCCGCCCAGAAGUGGCUUGUGUGACUUCUACCCACGCUGAAUUGGCUGAACGAGUCCCAUGAUCUGGUCUCAUAUCAGUGGGGUCGGGAAAUAUCUUCCUCCAAGAAGAGACAUGAUAUUUGAAAGAAUAAUACGUCCUUUCACAAGAGCUUUUCUGGAAGCUUCCAGUAAGGAGACGACUCUUGUUCUACUUGAUUCUUGAGUUUACUUGGUGUCUUACGGGUUUGUGUGAGAGGCUCAGAAGUAACCGACGGCAUAAUCCUCUUCGUUGAUCGUGUUUGGGUUUUCUUAAGCUGCUGGAAGGGAACCUGGCUGAUGGCCGUGUGUCUUGUGAACAAGCAGCGAUUCUUUCUGCCUCUGUGCAGAGGGGAUGGGAAAGCCUGCAGCUGCUGUCUGAAUGAACGUCCAAACUCCCUGAUGCUGGGGGCACUGCCCAGCUGUCACUUAGAUGAGCCAGAAGCCCAUCCUCUAAGGGUUAUUGAUUCUCAGGCUUGGGUCACGGGAGCAGAGGACUUGGCAGUCUCCCCUCUAUUGACACCAGGGAGUUCAUGAAGCAGGAAGUAUCUUGAUUUUAUAUGUAAGUUCUUAUAAGCUUUUUGGUUUUCACCCUUUGUUACUUUGUCCAUUAAAACUCUCUGCUUUCUUUUAUUGUUUUAUUUAAAUUAAAAAAAAGUUGGGGGCGGAGUCUCCAUUGCCGCAUGCAGGCAUCCUCCAGGUGCAGCAUAUGGGGACCGCUCCCUAGUUGCAGUGUGCAGGCUUCUCGUUGCAGAGCAUGAGCUCUAGAGCGUGCAGGCUUCAGUGGUGGCAACCCACCAGCUUCAGUACUCGUGGCACAUGGGCUUAGUUGCCCUGCAGCACGUGGGAUCAUAGUUCCCUGAUCAGGGAUCGAACCUCCAUCCCCUGCAUUGAAAGGCGGGUUCUUAACCACUGGACCACCAGGAAAGUCCCAAAACUCUGUGCUUUCUUAUUGAUCCUGAAAAUACUGGUGAGGCUCACUUUAAGGGCUCAUAUUUUUCCAGAAUUCAUUAUGAAUAUGAAAAACACUUUCUGUUUAAACUUAUAUAUAACAGGGACAUUGAAAGGCAGCUCUUGAAGCUCAAGUUCUGAUUCCACUUAAGCCUUUGCCAUCCCACAAUGCGUGCAGGGCAUAAGCCCCUGGCUAAUAGGAUCUUGACUGAAUCACACCUUAGAGUCUACUGUGGAAGUCGGUUCUCCAGUCACUCCUGCUGGACAGAAAGAGACUAAAGGAAGAUGAUGACAUUUUCCGAAAGGUCUCCUCGACCUCCUACAGGUUUUUAGAUGAUGACAUUUGUGGAAAGAAAAAAGUUAUGAAAUAUGUAAGUGGGCUUGACACAUCUUAAAGAACGGAUCAUUUAGAAACUGGGACCAGAUAGGUGGACCUGUUGACCUUGGUUGCUGAUGCCUCAGGACAGAGUAUAAAAAUGACUCCUCCAGAAAUGUGUGCUCAGAAAGCAGAUUGACUGGGUACAGAGGAGUUGAAGUGGGCAUCAAGGAAGAAAUAUCUGACCGGCUGGGACUGGAGGAUUAAAAAACAAACUUGAGAGUCAGCAACUCCUCACCAAGUGCUCCAGACCCAGAUAAAAAGAGGCUUGCUGAGGCGUUCUGGAGAGUGGAGUCUCUGCUUCUCUGGGGGGUCGGGGCGGGGCACCAGGCAGCUAAAACCACUGCUGAGUUCAGCAGGAGAGAGGACCACCUUGAGGGGAGCUGAGCUGGGGUCAGUAAGACCUGGGGUGCCUAAGAUUACUUAGGUCCACUCGGUAAGUUCCUUGAGAUUCCCUGACAUCUGCAGCGGCCACGGCCACCUGAGCACGUCCUGAGUGGCCAGCCCAAGUCUGGAGGAGGAGAGUUCGAGAGAAAUAAAAGCCGUGUGGCCAAGCGAAGUUUCGAGAAGCCCCAUUUUGCCAUUUGUAGAGAUUACUGAAAACAAAGACUAACUUCCGUGUGUGGUCCAGAGAAACUGCCAGGACCUCAGGAGAGCCAGGGUCACGGUUCUGUUGAUGCUGGCCAGUUGGAGUCCAUGUCCUGUCAGCCUGACAUCUUGGACAGAUCAGCCUAACAUCUUGGACAGCCUGAUACAGAUUAGCUUGGACCUUUAACAAAUUUCAGAAAAACAAGUGAAAGUGUACUUAAUUUAGUGAAGGCUAUGCAUGUCCAUCCAGAUGAUAGAGCUUGACUUACUCUUCAGAGCAGAUGUUUCUAAAAUAUGAGGGUUUAGAGCUCUGUUCUUAAGUUGCACCUACAAAUACGAAAACUGCAGGAAGCUCCCCGCAUGGGCUCUCACCAUCCAUGCCACCGACUGGCUCUGUCAAGGGGAGCAGCCCGUGAUGUUGGCCUCCUUGACCUCUGCCCACGAGAUGCCAGUAGCACCCCCUCCCCACCCCAAGCUGUGAUAACCAACAGUGUCUCUAGACAUUGCCAGCGCUCCCUGCAAGGCAGGGAGGGCACAGUCCCCCCCAGUUGAGAGAUUGCCCGCAGAGUCAGAGGUGGGAUGUGGGACUAGUUAUCCCUGAGGAAAGGGUGUUGGCAGCCAGGAGGAGAUGUGAGCCUGUUGAGACCGUGACUUAAGAAACAGUGUAAUUUCUAGGGUAUUUGGACCCUCUGCUUCAAUAGAGUCAAGGUGUCUGCAUUACCAUAGUCAGUGUAUUUUAGGGAGUAACCAGGGCAAGUGAGAGUUUGCAGACUUCCUUUGGUAGCUGAUUAAAAAAAUAAAAAACCAUGCAAGGUGCCAAGCUGUUCAUACCAGCACUGUCCCAUCGGCUGUCACUCUGCUUUGUGCUCUGCAGAGGAGGUGCUGAUGGAUGGGGGCCCCUUGCCAUAGGAGGGUUCCUGGACAGCCUGUGAGCAAGGGGCUGGAGGUCAGGGGGACAGCUGGCUGCCCUGCAGAAUCGCUCGUUCCUGCCCUCGUGUGGCUUCGUGAGCUGUGCAGGGGACGCACGUCUGGCUCUGUGCUGGUGCGCUGGGCCACACACGUCCUCGCCCGUCUCUGCAGCCUCAGCAGCCCUGCCCCAUCCCCACCCCGACGCAGCACCACGCAGCCUCUCGUGCAGGCGGACCUCACCGAGUCUGAGACCUUCCGGCUGACUGACUCUUAGAAUUCAGUGUGUAAAGAAUCUCCUGGGGGCUUGUUAGAGACGCAGUUCUGGCAGCCCUUCCAGAAAGUUUGGUUCAGUGUGUGGGAGCUGGGAACUUAUACACUUUGAAACAGGUGGCCCAUAUCCCCCUCUAGGAGCUGGGGGGGCCCGGAGACCACACUCUUCGAGUCAGCGCUCUAGAGGGUCUUUCUAACUUUUGGAAGGCAACAGCACAUAAAUUCUACUUUCCUAAUUCUCUUAUCCUUCCAGAAGACACUGGGCGGGAGGCCACGGUGCUGAGCCUCUGUGCGACUUGUAUAUCUGAGGGAGGUGGUAAUAAUGAAUGUGGACAUUGGCCAAGAAACUACCAGCGAUGUGGGAGUAAAAUGCAGCCUGCUCCGAAGUGUAUUGAUUAUUUGGGCCACAUGGGUCAGUGUAGUAAAUUUAUUAUUAAUCACAGGAGCUCAUAUUCUUUUAGUACUUACUGAACCACCGAUACUGUGUUAAGUUCCUUUGGUAAAGAAUUAAUUUAGCUUCCAGGAUGGCAUCCCUCAAAACAGAGCUUCUUAACUGUGACAUCAGAACCACCUCCCCCCACACACUGUCCCAGGAGCUCUUUAAAGAAGAGGGUCCUGAAACCUAAAGGAGUGGAAUGGGGUGGGGGGUGUGAGGGAGGUUCAAGAGGGAGGGGACGUGUGCGUACUUACGGCUGAUUCAUGUUGUUGUAUCACAGAAACCAACACAAGACUGUAAAGCAAUCAUCCUCCAAUUAAAAUAAAAUUUAAAACAACCAAAGUUAAUAAAUAUUCAAAACUCAAAAAAAAAAAAAGAAACUAGAGUUCUGGACUUCCUUGCUGGGCAAGGGGUUAAGAAGCCAUCUGCCAACCCGGGGGCCACAGGUUCGAUCCCUGGUCUGGGAAGAUUCCACCGGCCUCAGAGCAACUAAGCCCAUGCACCACAACUACUGAGCCUGAGCUCUAGAGCCCGUAAGGCACAACUGGGAAGUCUGUGAGCCUCAGCUACUGAAGCCUGUGCUCUGCAACAGGAGGAACUGCAACAAGAAGCCGGCCCACAGCAACGAGAGUAGCCCCCGCUCACCGCAGCUAGGGAAAGCAGCAACGAAGACCCAGCACAGCCAUAAACAAACAGCAACAACAGAAAGAGUCCUACCCAGAGCGGCUUCCUGCUCACUUCCUCAGCAAAUAUGGAUUUUACUAGGACUGGAGAGGGCCGUACAGACUGUUCUGUUUUUGUCUCUUUCUGUGCACACACACAUAACACACAUGUGUAUACAUAGAUGUAUGGGUCAAGUUCCUCUGAUUCUGAGGUGUAGCCUCACUCAUAUUCCUCCCAAAUGUGAUGCAGUAGGAAUUACACAGCAUCACCUAUGAAGGAUUCUUACCAAAAAUGCUUAAGCUGAAUCUAAAUGAGAUUAACUUUAGAUUUAACUUCCAUUUUCUCUAUGAUAGAGGAUAGAGAACAAGUUUAAAUGGCAUCAUGAGGAAAUAGACAAAUUAGAUUGCUGGGUAUCCUGUAAGACAACUGGCCUGGUAUCUUCAAAUAAGUCAGCGUCAAGGGAAAAAAAUAAAAGCAGGACAGGGUAGGUUAGGGAUGUAAGGACUGACUAUUUUUUGACUAAAAGUGAUUAAAGACAUAAUUAAAAGUGAUGCAUGAGCCUCGAUUGUGUCAUGGUUUUAAGAAAACAGCUAUAAAAAUUGGGGCAGGGUUAGGGAAAUUUGAGUGUGGACCGGGCUUACAGAUACAAGGAAAUUAUUGUCAGUUUUCUUGGGUGUGUUAAUUUUAUUUUGGUUACGUAGGAAAAUGUCCCCAUUUUUAGGACGUAUAUGCAGAAAUGUUUAGGGGUGAAGCGUCAAGACAUCUGUAACUCAUUUUCAAAUGGUCCAGGGGACAAGUGUUUGUGUGUGAGUGUGUGUACUGUGGAUGGAACAGACAGGGCAGCGUGUAAGCCAGUAUUCAGUCCACAGUGCUCAUUGUCCACUUUCUUCACCUUCUGUCUGUGCUGGCAAAUUGUCUUAAUGAAGUUGAAACACAGCACCCAGGUAAGUGAGGUGGUGCUGUUCUCCAAAACGUGGUUUGCACGGCCCCCUUCUUGGGCAUCGCUGCUGGCGUGAUGGUGGAGAGUGUGGGCAUGCCAGCCAGCUGUGGACGGCAGCUCCGCUCCCCACUGUCCCACCGAGGCAGCACUGACGUGAGGCCACUCUAGAGGCUCUGGCCUUUGCUCCCAAGCUUCCAGACUGUAAUCUCUUAGGGCAGUUCCGCCCGAACGCACUCCCUUCCCUUCUCCCUGACAGCAGGAAGCUGCCAAGGAAAGGACCCCGUUCAGCUCUGCUAAUACCACCCCUUCUUUUAAAUAGUAGGGACCUGUGGAGAGGUGUGCAGACGCCCGUGGACCAACCAUUUGUCACUUCUCUUGGUUCUGUAUUCUGACUUUGGUAUAUUACUCCAGGUGUCUGCCAAAGCCUCAUUUGUUUAGGGUUGUUUUUUGUUUUGUUUUUUUUGUUUAUCCCUUGCUUUCCUCUGUGGACUAGCAUAAUUUUCCAAAAGUCGGAGGGCUGUCCAUGUUAUCCACGAACACCAGGGAUGUGGUAGUAAAGCCAAGCAUCCUGGAGGGGACAUGUGUUUAGUGGCCGGUAGAGAGAAGAUGUUUACAUGGAAGCUCAGCAAGGGUCUGGUCUCAUUAUGUGAUCUUUGGAGGAGUGGGAAUCGCAGUGAACAGCAGGGAGGGCUGCGAAGGAGCGCUGUGCUGAAUCCUGGGGUUAACGUACCCUGGAUCCUGUUCCCCUUUGAUGUGGCUGUUAUCUCAGGGCACGCCUUCCCCGCCGGGGUGUUUGACAGAGCGCGGAGCACUGUAGAAGCCCCUUGCUGCCUCUCCCCUGACCCAAGGACUUUUCUUGGAUCCUCAGGAAAGCCAGUUUUUGUCAGCCUUGCAUAUCAUGGCUAUUCCUCUAAAGUAGUCAUUAGCAGACUUGCUGAGGAGACCAAAGCAUCUUAUCUCCCUUUUCCAAACAGAAAAAUGAAGGCCUCAUUGCAGCCACUCUGAGGUGGCUGCAACAAUCUGGUAUAGUGGAGGGGGACUUGUUUUAGCACAGAUGGACAGGGCACUGAAUUUUCUGAAUUUACACACAGGGGUCCUGGAAUAAUUCUGCCUUAAAUUUGGCAAGAACCAUUGCUAAGAACCGUGCUAAGCCUAAAUGUGCCUUCUUCCCUUCUCCUGAAGCUUCGCAUCCUUUCUCUUAGAAGUUGCAACCUAAUCCCACCCCUGGCUGGAAGCUGACCUUGCUGAGCAGGACACUGUACAUUUGGCAUCUUCAUUAAGAUCCAAGUCACCUGAGGGGCUGUAGCAGAAUCUGAGGUUCUGCAAGAGGACAAAUAUGUAAGGUUUUAUAUUCACAUUGGAGAAGUGCCACUGAACAGUAGAGAGGCAGGGAUUGGUGGCAACUGGAGGCACCGGUAAACUGGCUUCCUAUUCAAAUGGGGAGCUUCCCAGGUGGCGCUAGUGGUAAAGAACCCACCUGCCAAUGCAGGAGACACAAGAGAUGUGAGUUUGAUCCCUUGAGGAUCUCUGGAGGAUCCCCUGGAGGACAGCAUGGCAGCCCCUCCAGUAUCCUUGCCUGGAGAAUCCUAUAGGGGGCUACAGUCCAUGGGGUCGCAAAAGGGUUGGACACGACUGAGCAGACCAGAGAAUCAAAUGGGAAGGUUGUUAGAGCUUCUGUCUCUAACAAGCAGACUCUCCACCUGUGAAUUAGAAGCAUUUUAAGCCUGGUGGGUGGAAACUGUUUGGAUGAAGUGGGGCUCCUCGUGGGAGUCAUCCUCUCUUGUUUUCUUAUUCUCUUGAAAUGAUUGCUUUCAUUAUACACAGGUCUCCUCCAGAGCUCUUUUGCAUUGGUAACUUCUUACUCAGAAGCCAUUUCUAUUUGGUAAUAUGGGGUGAGAGGGUAAGAGUGACUGAGUGAGAAUAGAUUAUACUUCUGGCCUCGUGCUAAUUUAUUUUCCCCAGCUGAGUUUGUCAGCUGUGUUAGGCAGUAGGGAAACAGGAAGUAAGACCCAGGACCUCAGCCUCAAAGCCCACCAGGGAAGCUUGGACACCAGGAGUGACCUCAUCCAUCUCUAAAUAGCCUGGGCUUGAUCCUCCUGGAUGUGUAAGGGCCAAGCUUCAGUUACCACCGAGCACUUCCACUGGCUAAACCGCUGUCUGCCCAGUCUCAGCCCUGUUAGGGGAAAAACUAUCGAGGCAAAGGCGUUGAUGCUUACUGAGCAUUUACGGUGCCAGGCGCUGUGCAGGCGUCUUCACUGUUCCCGCUUCAUUCUCACAACAGUGUCGUGAGGCAGGGGCCCCUCUCUUUCUCCACGUGGUCCAUGAGGGAGCUGACAGCAAAGGCUCCGAGAAGUUACACGCCGUGUGUGCAGGAACCUUUGUGGUGCAACACACCAUCUCUCCCUUCCCCAGUGCUACAUGCACACAAGUGCACAUGUGACCGUUAAGUUCCUGUGUUCCUAGCUUUGCACUAGCUAAUUUCUCAAAACAGCAUCUUGUGUAAGUGUUAAAUCCACUGUUUUAUAAGUCAUCACCGCUCACUAGGCUGUGAGCCAGCAUGGUGAUGAAGCUUUGACACCCACUCCCAUCUUUCCCCACUUCCUCCCUCCUCCGUAACACUCCCUGCCCAGCCAUGGCCCACAGGCCACCAGGCUGUCUGUAGUUCUUAGGGAGUUGAUGUGACCUGGGUUAAUAAGUAAUCAUUCAGAACAGAGCCAUGCGCCCAGAUGUCCAUUGCAAGCUGUGGGAUUUUCCUGACCUCGGGGGAGGUGAGGCGCGGGGAGAGGCAGGAAGAUGGGGCUGUGAGGAGCCCUGUGGCCCAUUUCAGGGUUCAGGCCUCCCUGAAGGAGGUUUGAGCCGUCAGAGCAGGGCCCUCUGGUAAUGAAGCCAGCCGUUUGUCCUUGGGAACAGAAUGAGGCCUUGUGAGAUCAGAAACAAUGGGCGUGUUGAGUUUCAGACCUGCUGUGAACCAAAGCUCGGGCAGAGGCCCUGUGAUGGACUGGGACGGUUCAAGGGACGCAUUCUUCACUGGCAAGUCUCUGUUGUCAACACGUCCCCUCAGUGGUAAUGAUACUUAGCCAACGGUCAUUAAUGCCCCUGUUUCGAAUAAUUCCCACAAGUGAGGCUGCGGCCGUGGAGCUGCGACAUGGCAGCAUGACAGCCCCGGAGCGCGCUGCCCGACGACGCCGGGACGAGGGAGCCACCGCUUGAGCCGCCUUCCCGCGCCUUCCCCCUGCCGCGGCCCGGCUCGCUGCGCUUGCUCACCCCUUGGACUCCCGACUCCCUCCGCCUUGAGCAUCAAUAUGUGUCAUGUCAUUGUCACCUGUCGCUCGAUGCUCUGGACCCUCCUGAGUAUUGUGGUGGCGUUCGCCGAGCUCAUUGCCUUCAUGAGCGCAGACUGGCUGAUCGGGAAAGCCAAGCCCCGCAGCAGCGCCGAGCCGGGCGAGCAGGGCGCGGGCACCCCGGAGCCCUACCACCCCACGCUGGGCAUCUACGCCCGCUGCAUCCGGAACCCCGGCGUGCAGCACCUCCCGCGCGAGACGCUGUGCGGGCCCUACGCUGAGAGCUUCGGCGAGAUCGCCAGCGGCUUCUGGCAGGCCACCGCUAUUUUCUUAGCCGUGGGCAUCUUCAUUCUGUGCACUGUGGCCCUGGUGUCUGUCUUCACCAUGUGUGUGCAGAGCAUCAUGAAGAAAAGCAUCUUCAACGUGUGUGGGCUGCUGCAAGGAAUCGCAGAUAAGGCUGAAUCACCCCCCAGUGACCCCAUGGUGAGCAUAUGCUGGCACCUUCUAGUCUUCCUGGCACAAGGAACUGAGGCUGUUAGAGAAAAGACGGGCUGCAAGGGGGAGGGUCUCCCAAGGCUGGGGAGAACUGAACCUACUUGGGUACCAUCCCGAGUGGAGCCGCUGCAGGAGCUAUCGGCUCUCUCCACUGCCAAGUUUCCUGGAGUGGCUGCUGUCUUGAGCAGUUGUCCAGCAUCCUCCUCGAUGCCUCUCCUCCCCCUCCCAGCUGGGCCUGCUGCAGCUCAGCCAGGCCCCAGGAAGAGAGGCCAGUCAGAAGAAAAGCAGAUGCCCACUGGCCUAGUCCGUUUCCUCUGUCACCCUCCAAACCCACGCACACACUGAAGGUUGAUGCAGUAAAAAGCAAGGGGAUGGAAAGGCCCCUGGGAUGGGCUGGCCUCGCUGCAGAA